AUGCAUUGUGGGAGCUCCUUCCUUUCUCUGCCCGGCCAUCUUGAGGUGGCCUCGCCGGCGCUACCGCUCGCCCCGUCUCAGCCCCCGGAGCCGCUGCCGCGAACCCCUCACACACUCUACCCCGGCAACAAACACAGCGGGCAAAAUGGUGGCGGCAAAGAAGACGAAAAAGUCUUUGGAAUCCAUCAAUUCUAGGCUCCAACUGGUGAUGAAAAGUGGUAAAUAUGUGCUAGGCUACAAACAGACUUUGAAAAUGAUUCGUCAGGGCAAAGCCAAGCUGGUCAUUCUUGCGAACAACUGUCCAGCCUUGAGGAAAUCAGAAAUUGAAUACUAUGCCAUGUUAGCCAAGACUGGUGUCCAUCAUUAUAGUGGCAACAAUAUCGAGCUAGGUACUGCCUGUGGUAAAUACUACAGAGUGUGCACACUGGCCAUCAUUGAUCCAGGUGACUCUGACAUCAUCAGAAGUAUGCCGGAGCAGAUCAGUGAGAAAUAAAUUGACUAUGACUCUGAAAUAUUUUACAAAUAAAGCUAUUCCAUAAAAA